AUGAAGGCAACCAUUGCAGUUCUUUGUUUCCUCGUUAUAGAAGCGUACGCUAUUGCGGCGGCGGAUGCGAUGGGGAGCCCCGGAAAACGUUGUACUUUGCCAAAAGAAACUGGACCAUGCAAGGCCAGCUCCCCAAGAUUUUACUUCGACAAAAAGGACGGGCAGUGCAAAAGAUUUACUUACGGAGGCUGCCGCGGGAAUGGAAAUAAUUUCGAAACAUUGGAGAAAUGCCAAAAAACCUGCAAAUGA